UGUCUAACUUCCCUUCCUGUCCCCCCAGCGGCCCCCCUGAGAAGAAGAUGGGCAUCAAGGCGUCCAACACGGCCGAAGUCCACUUUGAUAACGUCCGGGUGCCGGUGGAGAACGUUCUGGGCGCGCCAGGUGCUGGGUUCAAGGUGGCCAUGAAUAUCCUGAACAACGGCCGCUUCGGCAUGGCAGCCGCCAUGGCAGGGACCAUGCGGGCGCUUAUCCACAAGGCAGUGGAUUUUGCCGCCAAUCGGACUCAGUUUGGGGAAAAAAUCCACACUUUUGGAGCCAUCCAGGAAAAGCUCGCCCGCAUGGCGUUGUUCCACUACGUGACGGAGUCCAUGGCCUACAUGAUCAGCGCCAACAUGGACCGGGGGGCUUCUGACUUCCAGAUCGAGGCGGCCAUCAGCAAAGUCUUUGGCUCGGAAGCUGCCUGGAACGUCGCAGACGAAUGCAUCCAGACCAUGGGCGGCAUGGGGUUCAUGAAGGUAAAUUUGGGAUGGGGCAGGGGGGUGGGGCUACUGUCCCGGGUUCAAG